ACCAUCUCAAGAGCUAGCUAAGCUAAUAAUCUUUUAUCUUAAUUUUUCUACUCUGUACAUUUCCCUUCAUAUCCUCAUAGUGUCGACAUGUGCUGCCAUGGCGAUGCUUUGGUCCAAAGAGUUUGCCAACUCUACGAGCAAAUCUCAAGCCUCGAGAGCCUCAAACCCUCCCAAGAUGUCAACACUCUCUUCACCCAACUCGUUCUCACAUGCAUGCCACCAAAUCCAAUCGAUGUCACCAAGCUAUGCAGAAGUGUGCAAGAAAUAAGAUCCAACCUCAUAAGACUCUGCGGAGAAGCAGAAGGACUCUUGGAGUCUCAUUUCUCCACCAUCCUCGGCUCCUACGAAUACCCUCUUCACCACCUCGACAUUUUCCCUUACUACUCCAACUACCUCAAGCUGAGCAAACUCGAGCACUCAAUCCUCACCCAACACUUCCCUCAUGUACCUUCGAAAAUCGCCUUUGUGGGUUCUGGCCCUCUUCCCCUUACCUCGAUUGUUUUGGCCUCAAAACACCUCACCACCACCUCUUUUCAUAACUACGAUAUCGACCCUUUGGCCAAUUCCAAGGCUCUUGGCUUGGUUGCAUCUGAUCCUGACCUGUCCAAGAGGAUGGUGUUCCAUACUACUGACAUAAUGGAUGUCACGAGUGAUUUGAAGGAGUAUGAGGUGGUGUUUCUUGCUGCUCUAGUUGGGAUGGACAGGUCUGCGAAGGUGAAGAUCAUUGAGCACUUGGCCGAGAACAUGAAUCCCGGAGCGAUUUUGAUGCUGAGGAGUGCUCAUGGUGCUAGGGCUUUUCUGUAUCCGGUGAUUGACCCUUGUGAUGAUCUUAUAGGGUUUGAGGUUCUCUCUGUGUUUCACCCUACGGAUGAAGUUAUCAACUCGGUUGUGAUUGCCCGGAGAUCCUCGUAUGCACCGCCGGCAGGGAUACACUCAUCGCCGCUCGAUCAGAAGUCUGGGUUUAAUGUUGGUUCUGUAAAGCUUCCCAACAAGUGCUGCUCUGAGGUUGAAGCCUUCAAUCCUCUCAACCAUGGCAACAAUAUGAUCGAGGAAUUGGUCUUUGAUCAGGAGCAGCUUUCAUAAAGUGCUCUCUUAUAUAAUUUCUUCAACGAUCAUGUUCAUCAGUUCAUGUGUUGCUGAAAUCAUUUGCAUGGAAAUAAGGUCAAUUUAAUUGGUGUUCUAUGUGUUUUAUACAUGUCUCACCUCUUUACUCAUAUAUCUACUGAUUGUUAGAUAUCCAAUUAAUAUGUAUCAUGGCAUCUUUAGUUUCAAUAAGAUCACAUGGAAAUUGGAUCCU